AUGGAGGCACCCGGAACCCUUGGGCGGCCAAUCGACGUCGAGCAGUGUCGGAGCAUCGAAGCCCAGCCGUGCCCGGAACGGCCCGAAGUCAUGCAGCGGACACCUGUUGACGCCAAGCUGCCGCCGGGUCUGCGACUAGACUUCGUGAAGAAGGCUUACGGCGUCAUGAUCUUGAUGCAGCUGCUUACCUUGGGGACCAGCCUGGCCUUCGGUUUCGCCUUGCCCCGAGAGGUCCUCGACGCCCGGAUCCUCUUCGCAGUCGUCGCAAUUCUUGCUGCCCAGCUUUUCGUCGACUGUUCGGCCGGCUUUCCACGCAUGUGCUGUCCAGACAAUAAGCUCUCAAAGUGGUAUGAUGGGAUGAUGACGACCUCGCCAUGGGAUUUCCUGUUUCUCACCACUCUCUCUGUGGGCCUGGGCGUGGUUGUCGGCUUUUUUCACAAUUGGACAGAGUCCGUCCCGUCAUGCAUGCUUCUGCUCGUCCUUCUGGUCCAGCCUAGUCUUAGCAUCUCCUUCUUCUUCCACGCUGCACUGAACAAGGCGCCCUUCGGUCGCUUUGCCUACGGUAUUGCAGUUGUCGAGCCGAUGCUUGUCAUACUCGCCGCCGUCGUUUCCGCCGGACCAAGGCUGUUGUGGACCUGGUGGUCCCUGCUGAUAGCCAUGAGCAUGACAUCUUUACACGGCACAGCCGUGGCGUUUGAGACGCAGGACUUGUUUUGCUCCGUUUUUGGUGAUGGCAAGCGGCGCGAUGUCCAGUACUUCCUGCACACGUAUCCGUAUUUCGCCUGGAAUCAGCAAACAACCAUCUUCUAUCUGCCAUUGUCCUUGCUAUUGUUGUUGCUGGUUGGAGGCAUCGUUUUGUCGCUUGGCUGUUUUUGCAGCCUUCUUUGCUCUCCCUGUCUGGCUCUGUAUGGUCUGUACUCUCUGGGCGCGGAGCCGGAAGCAGUAGCAGACCCCAUGCCAGCGAAGCAUCAUGCAGCGAAUCAUCACGCAUGCCUUGGCACUUGGGUGAUGGACUUGCCUGGUGGAAAGCAGGCGACCGCGACUGUGGCUGGCGAUCGCUUUGAGUGCGCUGGUCAGGAGUGCGAGCUGAAGACAGGACCCCCAACACACUUUGAGUGGCCCGGUGGAGUGUGCCAGGAGCUGAUGUCUGUGGACCACAAUGGGAGUGUUUUGUCGUGGAGGACUCGGUCACGCUGGCCGCAAACACUACGCUGGACUCGCGUCCCUUCCUGCCCGAGCGCGGAAGACGGUCACACCAUGCAGACGCUGAGCAGUCCGGAGGCUUACGUGUGCGCCCAGUGUGGCAAGGAGCACUCGGCGGCAGCGCCCUCAGUGCGAUGGCACAGUCACUCGCAUGGUGCGAGUCUUUGUCCAGAAUGCCACCCGUGUCCUAAGCAGGCAGUUCUUGAGGUAUCCGCAGAGUGGAUCUUGGGUACUUUCCCAGAGCUUGCCCGAUCGUCAACGGGAAAGGCGAAUCCGAACUUCCACGAGAUUUGCCCAAGAGUUGCCAUGGGACCGCAAGGCCUUGGGUUUGGCAAGACCUGUCCGCGAGAUGGGGGACUCGGCUGCAGCAUUCUUGAUGCCCUGGACGAGAGCCACAGAGGCAGGGCCACACACUUUGUCUCCUGGUGCUGGGAUUAUACUUUGGAGGACUUCGUCAGCGCGAUUCAGUCGUGGAUCCAGAAGGAAGGAUCCAGCCCAAGCGAGGUGUGCUUGUGGGUUUGUUUCUUCUGCAACAACCAGUACCGCAUGCUCGAGUCUGGCACACAGACUGGUUCGGACGAUCUGAAAGCCGUUUUCGAGAACCAUCUGGACGAAGCGGGUCGGAUGCUGCUUAUGUUGGACAGCUUUAAGAUGCCCAAGUACGUCACCAGAGCUUGGUGCAUUUUCGAAAGCUAUGUCUGCAUCAACAGGAAUCUCGACAUGUUCAUCAUCAUGCCUUUCAGGUGCAGGGACAGUUUUCGGGAAACCUUGGAUGCGGAGGGUGGCCUCAGUCAGUUACGCAAGGCUUUCGAGGACAUGGAUAUGAGAUAUGCACAGGCGUCCAACAAGGUAGACGAAGACAUGAUCAAGAAGCUGAUAUUGACAACAAGUGGCUUCGAUGCAGUCAACGAUGCAGUCCAAAAGUGUUUGCUCAAAUGGCUCACGAGCAUGUUCCAAGAAGAUCUGCUGCACUGCCCGUCUCCAGAGGCCGACAGUCCCGAAAUCCUCGUCUUCGUCUGUCCUUUUGCAGCCAACAAGUGCUGGGGAUCUGACGUCACAAGCUACACGUGGAGUUCUGGGAGGGGAGUCUGUGAGACUGUCGCCGACCUCUGGCUCCAAGAAACGUAUUCGCUGAUAGCUCGCAGAGGUGCCGGCGCCAUGGAGGCACCGGUGAGGCUUGGCCGCCCCGCCGACAUCGAAGAGCAGGUCCCAGAACGGCCCGAAGUCCGGCUCGCACAUUGCGACCCGGUGGGGUUCGUGACGAAGGUCUACGGCAUCAUGGUAUUGAUGCAGCUGCUAACCUUGGGGAGCGCUCUCUCCUGGCCGGCCCUAGUUGUCAAGUUUGGUCCGAUCUUCGGCUCGUGCACACUUCCACUGCACCUGCUGGGAUUUGGGAUUAUAGUGCUCCACAUCGUCUGGAAAAUGCUGCAGAGCCGCGCAAAACCACCCAUGUCAUGCAUGUGGUGGUACUGGUGGAUGAUGAACAAGGUGCCUUGGAAUUUUGUUUACCUCACAAUGUCCUCCCUGUGCCUGGGCAUCACCUCUCUGUUCAUGGGGUCGUUGAGCUGGAUUGGCACAAUCUCGGCAGAGGAUGAUGUUUUCUCACUGUGCAAGGUAUGUGUGCUGUUCGGGCAGCUUCUUCUCACCAUCUCCCUGGCCAGCCUCGCCAGGCUAACCAAAGCGGCCCACAGCGACUGCGCAUUUACCAUAGCCACAGUCCUGCCUUUGCUUGUGGCGAUUGGGUGUGCCCUGACCGCACCCCCACUGUGGUGGGCUCUCUUGAUUUGUGGCGGCGUGGUAAGCUUGUGGGGAGCCGCCAUGGUCUAUGAAAUCAGACAGCUUUUUGACUCAGUGAACAGUCGUGGCGAACGCGACCAGAUGGACACGCCUGCGUUUCGAGCCUGGAACCUCCAGUUCAACUUCAUCUGGAUACAGGGCUAUUUACCCCUCGCGGCAGUUUGCAGUGUGCUUUGCUGUCCCGCUCUCGCAGCUUUCGGCCUGUACCGUUUGGCAGGAGCUGACGACCCCGACAGUGAGAAAGCAGAAGUCUCCCUUCGCGGUCAAUGGGUGAUGGACUUGCCUGGUGGAAAGCAGGCGACAGCGACGGUGGCUAGCGGGCGCUUUGAGUGCGCUGGUCAGGAGUGCGAGCUGAAGACAGGACCCCCAACACACUUUGAGUGGCCGGGUGGGGUGUGCCAGGAGCUGGUGUCCGUGGACCACAACGGGAGUGUCAUGUCGUGGAGGACUCGGUCACGCUGGCCGCAAACACUACGCUGGACUCGCGUCCCUUCCUGCCCGAGCGCGGAAGACGGUCACACCAUGCAGGCGCUGAGCAGUCCGGAGGCUUACGUGUGCGCCCAGUGUGGCAAGGAGCACUCGGCGGCAGCGCCCUCAGUGCGAUGGCACAGUCACUCCCGUGGUGCGAGUCUUUGUCCAGAAUGCCACCCGUGUCCUAAGCAGGCAGUUCUUGGGGUAUCCGCAGAGUGGAUCUUGGGUACUUUCCCAGAGCUUGCCCGAUCGUCAACGGGAAAGGCGAAUCCGAACUUCCACGAGAUUUGCCCAGCAGUUGCCAUGGGACCGCAAGGCCUUGGGUUUGGCAAGACCUGUCCGCGAGAUGGGGGACUCGGUUGCAGCAUUCUUGAUGCCCUGGACGAGAGCCACAGAGGCAGGGCCACACACUUUGUCUCCUGGUGCUGGGAUUAUACUUUGGAGGACUUCGUCAGCGCGAUUCAGUCGUGGAUCCAGAAGGAAGGAUCCAGCCCAAGCGAGGUGUGCUUGUGGGUUUGUUUCUUCUGCAACAACCAGUACCGCAUGCUCGAGUCUGGGACGCAGACGGGUUCGGACGAGCUGAAAGCCGUCUUCGAGAACCAUCUGGACGAAGCGGGUCGGAUGCUGCUUAUGUUGGACAGCUUUAAAAUGCCCAAGUACGUCACCAGAGCUUGGUGCAUUUUCGAAAGCUAUGUCUGCAUCAACAGGAAUCUCGACAUGUCCAUCAUCCUGCCUUUCAGGUCCAGGGACAGUUUUCGGGAAACCUUGGAUGCGGCGGGUGGCCUCAGUCAGUUACGCAAGGCUUUCGAGGACAUGGAUAUGAGAUAUGCAGAGGCGUCCAACAAGGUAGACGAAGACAUGAUCAAGAAGCUGAUAUUGACAACAAGUGGCUUCGAUGCAGUCAACGAUGCAGUCCAAAAGUGUCUGCUCAAAUGGCUCACGAGCAUGUUCCAAGAAGAUCUGCUGAGCCAGCGAUGUUGA